AGGCGUGACACGCUGCCUUCACACUCAAACCCACUCACGGCACAAGAGCGAAACAACCGACUUGGAGCUCUCCCCUGCAAAACAUUUGUACUCGGAAUAACACUGAGGUUGAACUCUGUUGGACUGAAGCGAAAUAAUCGAUAAUCGUUAAAAAAAAAAAAGAUUAGCGAGAGUGAAUGUUCUCUCGGCUUUACAGAAGACUUUCUUUCUCUGCGCACUGCUGCUGAUUUGGAUCACAAGGGAGCGUAUUCUUCGGAUUCUACUUUCUGCAGGAUAUAUGACUGGAAUCAGUGUGGGGUAAUUUGACUGACAGGCGCAAACUAGGAUUGUCUGCUAAACUCCUGUGCGUUUGGUCCUUGAUAGACCAUGUCACCCUUUGGAUGGUUGGUCCUGGAGACCUUGGCGGUCUUCUUGCUAGUGACCCACCCCUCACACAGCAACCCCCUCUCAGCUCCCAGAGUUUUUCUGUCCUUCAAAGAGCUCAGAUCAACCGGCACGGCGCACCACUUCUCCUUCCUACUCAACUCCACUGACUACCGCAUCCUGUGUAUGGACGAGGACCACGACCGCAUGUACGUGGGCAGCAAGGACUACAUCCUGUCCCUGGACCUGCAUGACAUCAACAAGGAGCCCCUCAUAAUUCACUGGCCUGUUAAUCCACAAAGGAAGACGGAAUGCAUUCUGUCUGGCAAGGACACCAAUGGGGAGUGUGGAAACUUCAUCCGACUGAUCGAGCCAUGGAACAGGACCCACCUGUACGUGUGUGGGACUGGAGCCUACAAUCCCGUCUGCACCUACGUUGACCGGGGUCGGAGGUCACAGACUCUGUUCAGCGAGCAGGCGGCCAGGGCAGGGGGCAGGACCAGCCGAGCGGCCGCGGCCGACGCCGACACCACAGCCGAGCCCACCGUGCCAAAGGAAUACAUUUUCCGUUUGGAGCCUGGCAAGGUGGAUUCUGGGAAAGGGAAAUGUCCAUAUGACCCUAAACUCAAUAGCGUCUCCUCGCUUAUCAAUGGACAACUCUACACAGGCCUUUACAUUGACUUCAUGGGCACAGACUCAGCCAUCUUCCGCACUAUGAGCAAACACACCACCAUGCGUACCGACCAGUACAACUCCCGCUGGCUGCACGAUCCUACGUUCAUCCAUGCCCAGCUUAUCCCUGACAGCGCGGAGAAGAAUGAUGACAAGCUCUACUUCUUUUUCCGGGAGAAGGCCACUGACAUGGGCCAGAGUCCGGUCACUCAGUCCCGCAUCGGCAGGAUCUGCCUGAAUGAUGACGGAGGCCACUGCUGCCUGGUGAACAAGUGGAGCACGUUCCUCAAGGCGCGGCUGAUCUGCUCAGUUCCGGGAGUCGACGGGGUCGAGACCCACUUCGACGAGCUGAGGGACGUAUUUAUCCAGAAGACCCAGGACACCAAGAACCCCGUCAUCUAUGGAGUAUUCUCUGUCUCUGGGUCUGUGUUCAAGGGCUCGGCCGUGUGUGUCUACUCCAUGGCGGAUGUGCGCAUGGUGUUCAAUGGGCCCUUUGCUCACAAAGAGGGACCAAACUACCAGUGGGUCGCCUACACAGGAAAGAUACCAUACCCUCGACCAGGGACAUGCCCAGGAGGAACGUUCACCCCCCAACUUAAGUCCACCAAAGACUACCCGGACGAGGUCAUCAACUUUAUGCGUAACCACCCCACCAUGUACAACGCCGUGUACCCAGUGCACAAGCGCCCUCUUGUGGUCAGGACCAACGUGGACUACGAGUUCACCACGAUCACCGUGGAUCAGGUGGCCGCCGCCGAUGGAAACUACGAAGUGCUGUUCCUGGGGACGGACAGAGGAACCAUUCAGAAAGUGAUUGUCCUUCCCAGAGAUGACCUGCAGACGGAGGAACUAGUACUUGAGGAAGUGGAGGUCUUCAGAGUUCCAACACCAAUAACAAGCAUGAAGAUAUCUCCCAAAAGGCAACAGCUGUACGUGGGCUCGCCCGCGGGCGUCACCCAUCUGGUGCUGCACCGCUGCGACGUCUACGGCGAGGCCUGUGCUGACUGCUGCCUGGCCAGAGACCCCUACUGCGCUUGGGACGGCAAAUCCUGCUCCCGCUACUCCGCCUCACAGAAGAGAUCUGACCCCUCCAGGCGCAGCCGUCGACAGGAUGUAAAGUACGGCAACCCCAUCAGACAGUGCAGAGGCUACAACUCCAAUGCCAAUAAGAACACCCUGGAGACAGUGCAGUAUGGAGUGGAGGGAAGUACCGCCUUCCUUGAGUGCCAGGCCAGGUCCCCUCACGUGUCAAUCAAGUGGCAUUUGCAGAAGGAGAACAGCGAUAGGAAGAAAGAGCUGCGCUGUGACGGGCGCGUGGUGCGGACAGAGCAAGGCCUGCUGCUGCGCUCGCUGCAGAUGUCCGACAGCGGCGUCUACCAGUGCACGUCCACCGAGAACAACUUCAAGCACACACUGGUCAAGCUGCAGCUGGUGGUGCUGUCCUCGCGCACGGCCAACGCCGCACUGGCCGAGUCCCACCACACCCCGCAGACGGCCGCCGCUGGACCCGGGCCCCAGGCCCCCGCACUCACCCACCCGCCCGCCUCCAGCGCUUGGACCCCCACGGCCGAGCAGUAUAAGGACCUGCUGACCCUGCUGAGCCAGCCCGAGAUGAGCCUCAUCAACCAGUACUGCCAGGACUACUGGCAGCACGGCGAGCCGCACCCACUGGUCAGUGGGCCCCAGAGUGGCCUGGUCAGCGCCGGAGGAGGAAGCAGCGGGGGCGUCAAGCGCAAGGAGCUGAAGGAGCUGAGGGAGCAGCGCAAACCCCGCAACCGGCGCCACCACGAGGGCCAGAGCGGCGUUGCCACCGAGACAUGAAGGGGCGGCACGGGACAAUCCAGCGCGCACAUAAACACACAGCCACAUACACACGCAUACACACACACACACACACACACACACACACACACACACACACACACACACACACACACACACACACACACCGCAACAGCCCCAUGUCUUCUCUCUCUCCCUCUCUCUCUCUCUCUCUCUCUCUCUCUUAGACACACACACACACAUACACAUGCAAGCACACAGACUUCAACAUAAGCACAUACACACAGUCUCCCUUCUCUGACUCUGGUGCCAGACUAAGACCGCUGAGGAUUCAUGCAUGGAGCAAUGCUAGAGACAGCAGUGAGGGUUGAACAGGCACACAUGGUAUUUAUUGUAGCUUGUAAAUAGUCAAGGUUCUGUGGAUUUUAUUUGUACCCAGACUGGGUACAUUUUACCUUUUUUCUUUUUUGUGUAUAGGUCUUUCUGUGCAAAUAUUUUUUUUGUUAUUAUUGUUAUUAUUAUUCUUAUAUUUAUUAUUAAUGUAGUAAUUCUAUAUCAGAUGGUGUUAUUGUACAAUGAGUGUCCUCUCUCUGAGAGAUGGCAACAGCUCCAUCACAUUUCUGUACCUACAGCGGACUGCAAAAAAAGAGACUCAUGUGAAAAUGUGAACCGGCGGAGCCAUUUUAAAAGGGGCUGCAAAAAGGUCAAGGGUCACCGCGGAGUGCCCGUCAGACGCGAGAUCGAUCGUGAGAGAGAGAGAGAGAGAGAGAGAGACAAACAUGGUUUCCCCUUCUUUGCACAGCUGUUCAGGUUCUCAGAGAGAACGUGAGGCAUUUCACUGGAUGUGUGGAGAGGAGGAGCGCCCCCCACAGGCAAGAAUAAGGCAGUGCACAGCAAAACCUCUGUCGCCUGCCACCUACCACACGCAUACAUACACACAAAAGCCAAACUUUUUUUGGCUACUCUAAAGGCUUCUCUCAGCACAAACCUGCGACACACCUCUUUUGUUUUUCUAUUUCUCCCUUUUCAUAACACAUGGUGUCCAUUCAUUAGUGUUCUUGUGAAGGUCUCCCACUCUCUCUGCGUCACCCCCCCUCCCCCACCUCCGCAUUUGUUUACCUUGCCUGAUCCAGAGUUUUAUUGCAAUGCAAUGUUUGUUGAUUACUGUGUGUAAAUAUGAAUAUUGAUAUAGCUCCUGAUAGACCAUCACCAAUCCCCUUGCUGAGAAUGAUCUGCAGUGGAUGAUUUGACACAAGUUUUAGUCCAAAAUAUCAAGACAGUGGGCAUUCUUCCAAGUAUCUAAUUAAUACAGCACAAUAGCAUGCUCACUAAUUGGGAGUUCUAUGGCAUUAAUAAGGCAGUUGAAGCACUUUUUACAACUUUAGAAACUCAUUAAGGAUAUGGUGUGGGAAAACCAGAAAGCUAAUUUUCUGAUUACCGUUUAUUAGCUAAAUCCAGAACGAAAACCAUAGGAAGCUGGCUUUCACUCUGCAUGAGAUGUACAGUUACUGUAAAUAUGUUUAAGAAAUAUUGCUGUAGAUUUUGUCUGUGGAACCUCUUUUCCUGUCUCUCUGUCUUUCUUUCAUUUGUGGUGGUGACCAGUGACUUUGUACCACGGGAGAAAGCAACCAGGGACUCCAUGUUCUCCAACAGGCUAGCAUGUAAGAGGUGAAGAGGUGAUUGUAUGGAUCUUUUGGAAGCCCUUACUCUUCCUCAUCCCUGGGGGGUCACAACAGAUGGCUGUAAGAGGAAUAUGUGAGAAAGAUAUACUGUUUUUUGUAAAGGAAAAAAAAACACAUCUGUGUGGUUUGUCUCAUUUUGUCUCGUUUGUCUGUUAAAUUUUAAUUUUUUAUUCUUGGGGUUUAGUAUGUUUUUAUGGGCAAUUCAAAUCAAAUCUACAGAGUUGGAUGUACUACACAGUUGAUGUUAUUGUAAUGACUUGACCGUGUACAUUUCUCCCCUCUCUUUGAUGUUGCAAACUGAUUAAAAAAAAUAAAGCUCUAUAUUUUAUAAGAA